CUCAAGCCGCGGUUCACGCUGGCCGAGGCCAAGGCGAUGGCGCGCGACGAGUUCCACGUCCGCGUCGCGGCCAUCGUCGAGCUCAACUCCUACGACGACCAGAACUACAAGGUCACGGCGGAGAACGGCGCCGUCUACGUGCUCAAGGUCCACAACGGCGUCGAGUCGCGCGACGAGGGGCUGCUGGACGCGCAGUCGCAGCUCUACGAGCGGCUGCGGCGGAAGGGCGUCGCGGCGCCGUACCCCGUGGACAGCAACCCCCUGGCCGACGGCGACGCGACGUUCGCCCUGCGGCUGCUCGAGUGGGUCGACGGCGACCUCCUGUCGUCGAAGGAGAUCACGCCCGGCCUCCUCGCCACGACGGGCGCCUUCCUCGGGCGCAUCCGCCUCGCCCUCGACGACUUCGACCACGCCGCGCUCCACCGCGUCCACCUCUGGGACGGCCGCCAGUUCCCCGCGCUCGCGUCCUUCGCCGACGGCCUCGUCGACGCGGGCUGCGACGUCGACAAGGCGGCCGACGUGCACCGGGCCAUCGCGAACUUCGACGCCGUCGUCGCGCCGGCCGCGGCGCAGCUGCCCCUCGCGACGCUCCACGGCGACUUCAACGACGCGAACGUGCUCGUCGGCGCCGAGACGCUCGGCGUGCUCGACAUCGGCGACAGCGUCCACUCGUGGCGCGUCAACGACGUCGCCGUCGGCAUGGCCUACGUCGUCGUG